AGUGAUUCUGACCAGUCUCCAAAUGGGUGCUAGGGAGGGUUUCUCUGCAAGUAAUUACAUAGUUGAUGUGGCAAAGGGUAGGAUGAGGAUUAGAUUGAAGGUUGGUUUGGCACUUGGUGUUGUGGUUUUGUGUAUUGGAAUUGGGAGUUUGGUGUUGUACUUUGUGGAGGGUUUGGAAUUUGUUGAUUCUAUUUACUUGUCGGUUAUGUCUGUCACAACGGUUGGGUAUGGAGACAGCGCCUUUAAGACUCUUCCGGGUCGGUUAUUUGCGGCUAUUUGGCUCCUCUUUUCUACUUUGAUGGUGGCACGGGCAUUCCUCUAUUUGGCUGAGGCUAGAAUUGAUAGAAGACAUAGGAGAAUGGCUAAGAAGGUUUUGCAAAGAGAAAUCACUAUUGAGGAUUUGCUUGCUACUGAUAUCAACAACACUGGUUUUAUCAGAAGUGAGAACCAGAUAUUAGUUGGGUACCAAUUGAGGCCUGAUACCAAUCCUGGGCACCUAAUCUAA